AUGGCAAAGCAAUUUUAUUUCUUUAAAAAAGCAGGGCAGAAUAGGCUGGAAGAUAAUACAUUCUGGACAUUGUGGGAACUUUUAGAGUCCUGGACUCAAAAUGAUUGGAUGGCAAUCUUUUUCAUAAUUUUCCUAGGGAUUAUUUUUGAGAUCAUACUCAUAAAGAUUUGUUCAUCCUUUAAUAAGAAGCCUACACUUCCAGAAAAGGGUAAUUCAAGUGCCCAGAAGAAGGAAGACAGUUGCCUGAAAAGCACGAAAUUUGAUAACUGUCCAACUCCUUCAUCUUCUGAGGAAAGAAUUAAAGACUCUUCAGAAAGAACAAUUACUUCAUCACUUACCUCUGAAGAAAAUGAAGGUGACUUUGAAGAUAGAGUUUCAACAGCAGAUGAAGUAAUAUGGUCAAGUACCAGUGAAAGUAAAUAUCAAGUAAGUCACUUUAGUGAAAGUCAUAUGAUAUCUUCAAAUGGGACUAGUUCAUCUUUGUCACUGUUUCAUUCAGAAGUAAAGAAAUUUUUUCCAAGCCAUGGAGGGUAUCCAGAAAAUGAACAUGAAACAAUACAAUUUUCAUCCAAGAAAUUAUUUUCAAUAAUGAAAACCAACAAAAAUAAAAAUUUAGUAUUUUCUUCUGACUUUAACUUUUCAAGAAGUUCUAGAAUCACUGUAGAAAGUGAAGAUAUCGAUGUGGCACCAUGCCCUUCUGCCCACUUAUUUCUUUCUAGGGACCAAGUCAGACUUCUGGAAGAAAAUGUGAGAAAUCAAAUUGCUUUAAAAUCCAAAACUACAUUAGAGAAUAAAAUUACUUAUCUGUACUCAAGACUUCAAGAGUCCUUGAUCCAGAAUCAACGUUCUGUUAGAAUGGGUAUUUCUGCCCAACCACAAGAUUCUUUUUCAGGACAGAAUCCUCCUCAGAAUCAAGAUUUUUAUGAAACCAGAUUUACUAGUCAAGCCCAACAAUUUGUUAACAACCAAGAAUCAACUAAUAGCCAGCCUGAUAUCAUGGUCAGAUACUUUGCGCUACCUCAGGAUUUGAUAAGGAAGUCAUUUUCCAGCAGCAUGCAAGACUCCUCCCAGACCCAAGAUAUGGACAGAAACCAACAUUUGGUCGAUGUCUCAUAUUCUGUUGAGACUCAAGAUUCAAUCAAGGGCCUAGAGUCUGAUAAACACUUCAGUGAGGCCCAGUAUUCUGUUUGGCUUAAAGAUUCAAACAAGAUUAAAUAUUUAAUUAAGGGGCAAAAUGCUAUUUUUAAGAAUGCCAGAUUUCUAGUUUUAACUCUAAGUCCAGAUUCACUUGCAGAAGGGGUGCUGCAAAUGGAGAGUGUAAAGCCAGGGGGACAGAAACAAAUCGCUUCAUCAGAAUUAAGUCAGUAUUCUGUAUAUGGCUCAGGGCCUCUUUCACCUAUCCUUAAAAGGCAGAAAAAGAGGAGAAAAGCAUUACACAGUACGAGUAAACUUAGUCUCAAAGUUCCAUCUCGAAAGUCAAAGAAAACACCAACUCCAUGGGUAUUUCAAAUGACAGUAUGUCACACUUCAAAACCUAGCAAGUUAGGAUGCACGUAUAAUGCUAAGGAGAAAGAAUUACAUCAAAGAAAAGGUAUAUCAGAUACGGCUUUGCAUCUUACUUAUGUUUCCAAGCUUAUUCCUCCCUAUGUUAAGAAGUAUUCCAGAAAAAAACUAGUGAGAGUCAUGCCAGGUGUAACAGGAUGUAGACAUUCUCUGUCAGCAGAUGCAGAGAAUGUUGAUUACCUGGGGUCUCUUGAGAAAAGAGGAACCUCGGGCAGUACUAAAAAUAUAAAGGAGCAUGACGGAGAAAAUAAAGGACAAAAAACCAUUUUCCCAAAAAUCCCACUUCAGCUAGAACAGUCUUUCAUGGUCAAUACUUUUCAACUAAAAUCACCUUGUUCUUCCUCGAUAGAUAUGACCUGGAAGAAUAAAGAGUCUCUUAGAGACCCAAUUAUACAAGCAAAGGAAAUCGGUAUUGCAGAGUUUCAUGCCCCCGAUAGUAAAAAAAUAUCUGACCUGCAUAUUCCCAAGCAGGAGGCCCCUUUAAAAGAAGCUUUAUCAGAACCUUGGCAAAAAUGUGUCUCCUCUACGGAAGUGGAAUCAAACAGGAGAAUGAAAACACAGGAAGACCUAAAAAAUACAGAGAAUUCCCAUCUUCCACUUUCAAGUGGAGAGAAGUUACCAACUAGUUCACCAGAAACGAAAAGGGACUUUCCACGUGGAAACAUACAAAAGCAAAAAGAUUUUCUAGAAAUUGUUCUGGAGACCUCAGAGGUUCAUCUGCUUAUUUCACUAGGAAUCAAAGAGCAUAAAACCAGUGAACAAUUAACAAGCGUAAGAACUCAAGAGAGUACAGAAGAUGUAAUUAUGAAGGAAAAGAAACCACUACUAACAUUUCAUAUUACAGAAUGUGAUAACCUGAGUGAAAGUGAGGGACUGGAACAGGACACGAGAGGUAACAUAAAAAACAUGCAAGGUAAAAGAAUAUUCGCUACACUUCACAAUGCCACUGACACUAUCAUUUCUGAACCACCUGAUGUGGAAAUGCAUAGCAGAUUAAAAGCCAAGAUAGAUACAUCAACAAUAGGGGUUAGUCAUUCAAUGGCAACGAAGAAAUUACCAGACGAAAAGAAAACAUGGGAAGCAAAGUACAUUGAGAAGAGAUGUGUAUCUAACAAGCCACAAGAACAUGACAGAGAAGAAGAACAACAAACUUGUCCAGAAGCAUUUCCACAGCUGACACAAGAUUUCAGCCUCAGCCUGCAACUGAAGCAGAAGCCUAAAUACGUCAGAUUUAAAAUAAAACAGAGCAGUUCAGAAAGUAGAAAAACUCAAAAUAAAGAGCAAGAGGUACAACCACAAACUCUUCCUACAGGAACAAUUCUGGGGACUAGUCCAUGCCCCACGACGGGUCCAUUUCAAGUUGAGGUUAAGCAAAGCAGACACAGACCUACAGGCAGAGGAACUGCAGAUCCAGAGAAUCCUCUUCUGGGGCUGGAGAACUCACGAGCUGGCGAAGUUUUGACUGAAACAACAGAAUGUGGUGUCCCCUUUGGUGGAAGCCCCAGAAGGAUAACAGAGGAUCAUAUUACAGAAGAAAAGGCAGACCUCCAACAAGUUUUACCUGCAGCUGCUCUGAGGUCCUUCAUUAUCCAUAUGCUUCCUUUAUCAUAUUUAAAAAGACAGCAAAUCAGAAAAAAAUUAUCAGGUGCAAAAGGGGUACUCCGUCCCAAAUCUAUAAUUAUGAAAGUAAAGAAGCCAACAAAUUUACUGAUGCCCAGUAUUAGUAGGCAUGGUACUGCAAGUCUUAGGAAAAGAUUGAGCGGCAGUUUUAAAUCCUUAAUUAAAGAGAUGCUGCAAGAUAAAAUUGUGGCAGAUGAGCUUGUGAGUGUUACUUACCCUCACCAAAACAUGUCUGUUUUGCCUUGGAUUAGAACACAAAGCAGAUUAAAUGCAGAGAAUCUCAGUCAGACCAAGCUAAAACAAGAGAAAUCAGAAGAUGAAAGGAUAGAAAAGUAUUCAGAUUCUAUUAAUAAAGGCAGUGACUCUGGCAACACACUAGAAGUUAAAUUGCAAGACGAAGUGAGAGGAGACAAAGAAGCUCCACCAGAAGCAGUCCUUCAUGACAGCCGGGGCCUCCGAUCGGAUGCCAAUCCAGAGAAGGAAUUCAAAACAGAGGAAGAAAUACCUCCACCAGUUACAUCCUUGGAAACCCUUAUGGAGUCGGUUUACUCUCCCGUAAUAGACCUAUUUCAUGUUGAGAAUAUGAAGAAAAGCCUAACAACACAAGCCGACUUAAAAUGCAGUGCAGAUUCUGAGACACCUCUCCCAACAUCAGAGACACCUCUCCUAACAUCAGAAAAAUCACUGGCUGAAGACCCUUCAAACCAAACCAGAGAAAGUGAUGUUCUAGAUUAUGGAAGUGAUACAAGGGAAAUGGGUUACUUUUCUGCAGAAACAAAUUCUGCAGAAUUACCAAAAGAUUUAUCAACAACCUUUCCAGAGACUUUUAACUGCCACAUGCCUAUUGCAACUCAUUCCAAAAUAAAUAAAAACAAAGUAAGAUUCUCAUACACAGCAAGUUUGGUGAAGUCUAGACCUGUAGAUUCGAAGACUGUGAAGCCAUCAAUUUCACAAGUAUUUAAUAGCACAGGUCAGAGAAGGACACUGGACUCCAAAUGUAAGGCAAAGUUGGAGAAGAUCAACCAAGCUAAUGGACUGGUAUAUGAAUUUAUAAAUACCCUUUACUCUCCCAUGCAGAGCUUCUGUCCUGCUCAGUUAAAGCAAGGGGAAUUAGAGGAAGUGAGACCACGGUAUGUUGAUUUCUUUGACAAGAGCUAUGCGUUCCAUAACCAAGAGGAAAAAGUGGAAGAUGGAGAGGAAGUAGAGCCAAAAACUUUGCUAGAAGCAGCUUCACAGCAUACCCAGUAUCUCUGGCCCAAUGCCUCUCAAGGGAAGGAGACCCACCUUGAUGAACCAGACUCAGUGCUGGACUGUUUAACACAGGAGCUGCCUGUUCAUGAGCGAGAUGUGCAGCAGCAAGCAUGGUUUGCACAAACUGCACUGCCUACUGGCCCCCAGAUGGGUCCUAGAGAAGCUGAGGAACUCAAGAAAGUCAGCAAAACAGAAAAUGACAUAAUAGCCCCUAUGGGCCCAAAGAUUCCACCUCCCAAAGCUUUACCAGGUCCAGAGAAUAGCCGAGACUUUAUAUUCAGUGCAUAUCAGAGGAAUUGUGACCUUGUCAAAUCAGAUGAGGAACUGAAACAACCGCGAAGUAUAAAUACUCAGGUACAACCACGAAAACAUAGUUCACAAACUAUUUUAGGUUCUGCUUCAUGCCCCAUAUUGGAUCAGUUUCGAUUUGAAAAGCUGGAGAGUUAUGCUAGGUUUUUACCUCCAAAGUCAGGGGGAGCAAAGAUGGAUGAAAUCAUUUUUUCUGCAAGAGAAUACGGUGUCCCGUCUGAUGCAAAUCAUCAAAAGGAAGACGCUGGUGGUAUUGAAAAGAAAGACACAGUGACUUUUGAUUUCCGCAUUCCUGCUUUAUCUACAUUCAGAAGGAAGAAAAAUUUUAAAAAAUACUCAGGCACGAAAACUUUAGUGAAUCUCAAAUGCAGAAUUUUAAAAGCAAAGAAACCGUCAGUUUCAUACAUAUUCAGUAUGAAGGGUGGUGCCGGCCCAAACCAUAGAAAAGAAUUGGGAUAUAACUCUACAGCCAAAAUGGAAGAGAUGGAUCAAGGUGAAAAAGUGGCAGCUAAAAUAUAUUCUUUCAUGGAUAGUACACCUGAGGUUAAUAUGUAUAGCAAGACAGAAAGAGGAAAAGGUAUGUUAGGAGAGAGAAGUCUCAGUUCUAUACAAGUAAAGCAAGUCUUAUCACCACAGGAAGAGGAUAUUAUUUCAGAUGACACUAAAGAGAACAGUCUUCAAGAUGCAGAAGAAGAAAGUGAGCAGGAGCCAUUAGAAGUAAUUCUACAGCACAGCCAACACUUCGAAUUCUGUUCAGGCCACAAGGAAGAACUUGGUUUUCAUCAAUCAGAAAACCAAGGAAGUGGGAGAAUUCUGUUUGUUACUGAACAAGACAUCUCACAACAAAUGCUGCGUCCAGAUUCAGUGCAGGGACAGAAGCCGAAGAAAAGCUACCAGACACAAAGUGGUGCAACAUAUACAGUAAGUUCACAGCUUCCUUUUCUAAAGUCAAAGAAAUCACUAAUUGAUCAAGUUUUAAUGGAUCCUAAGUGUCCACUUAGGACAAGUGACCUAAGUGUUGGGAGUCAUAAGGGGGAAUUUUACAGUCAUGAUAAAGAGGAAAAUGCAGAGUUUAUAAAAGAUCUACAAGCAAAUGUCCUGGAGUCUUUGGUCAUCUCCACACCUGGUCUAUCUGAAUCUAAACUGCAGAGAAAGACAUUUACAUGUACAGCCUUAAAAAAUAAAAUUAGUCCCAGAUGUGUGAUUAUGAAGGCAAAGAAGACACCAGUUUCACCAAUAUUUAAUAUCUCAGGGAGUGGUUGUCUAAAAAACCUACGUCCAAAGACCCUGAAAUCACAGAUUAUUGACUUGCUAAUUCAUAUAAAAUGCUCUGGGAUCCUGGAAGAUCUUAUUGCAGAGAGAAGGAAAGGAUUAGCGCAAGAAUUACCAGCAACAAGUCUGGAGUCUUGGGAUUUAUCCACACUUGCUUUACCUGCAUUAAAAAGAAAGAGAAGCAAUUUAAAGUAUAUAGACAAGAGAAAUAAAAUGAGUCUUGAAUGGGUAACUUCAAAGGCAAAGAAGGCAGUGAUUUCCCAGACACUCACUAUCACAAAACGUGGCACACCCAGCCAUAGAAGGCAACUCACAUGCAACUUCAAAAUCAUGAUGAAACAAGGGAAACCCAGGGCAGACAUGUGCCUAAAAGCCACCUCCUCUCCUGUUCCUGUUUUACUUGACGUGAAAAUGCAUAACAGAAUUAAAGCAGAGUCUGAUGUGUCCUGGAAAAUGAGAUUCAGUCACAAACUGCAACAGCAAGAGGAAUCACCAGAUGGAGAGAGAGCCUGCUAUGCUGACUCCAGUGAUCGGAGCCGCCGCGCCUCCAAUGACACGACGGAGGUCAAACACCCGUGUGAAGAGGCAGCCCCGUGGAGUUCUGAACACCCCAGCUUCAUUGCUGGUAAAAUGAAGGAGAUUUACGUUGUGAAGUCAGAACUAGAACUGAAGAACUCAGCAAAGAUAAAAAUCCCAGAACCACUUAACACAGCCCUGGAGCUGCAGCAACAAACAUUUCUCACACAAAGUGUAUUACAGUCUGUUUCUUGCUCUAUUUUGAAUUCCCUGCCCUUUGAGAAGCAACCAAAAAGAACAAAAACACAAAAAGGUUUACGAUAUGCAAAGGGUCCAAAGAUUUUGUCUCCAGUGCUAGAGAAAUCAAUUCCUAAAUCUUUAAUUGUUACAGCACAGAGUGACAUCCCAGCUGAAAGAGGCCCUAGAAAGGAACUUGCUAGAUCUCCUGAGGAAAAGAUAAGGUUGCGAAAGGAUUUACAAGGGAGAACCCUAAAGGGCUUUGAUUUCUCCCUGCCAGCGCCAACUGAAUUUGAAGGUGGGAGAAAUGCAGCACAAAUCCCCAAGUCUAGAAAUGGGAAGGCAAAAAUGGCAUCAAUUUUAAAGACAAUCAACAUCGCUAGGUCUGGUGCUCUUAGUCAUGGAAAGGAACAGGACGUCACCUUGGAAAACACGGCCAAAGAAACACCUCAAAGUACGUCAGAUACAGUUUUGAAUAUCUUCCCUUCACCCACACCCAUUUCACCUGCCAUCAAAACACGUAAAAAAGUAAAAAAGAGAGACCUAUUAAGAAAUAAAAGCAGUAUCAUACAGCCAGAACAACAUGAAGGGGAAAGACUCUGUCCCUAUUCUUCUAAUAAAUGGAGCAGCUCAAGCAGCACAUCAGAAUCAAGAUGGCAAAAUAGAAAAGAAAGAGAGGGCGACCGAGUUUUAUUUGAAGCAGGUCUACAAUUCCUGUAUAAUACAGGAAGGAGAAAAGCUCAAAAUAUGCUUCUUACGGAGGAGGACGUGCAGCAACAAACACUGGUUUCAGAAAGUAAAUUGGAAGCUACUUGUUCUCCUCCGAUUCCAUUUCAAACUGAGGAGCUGAGCAAGACUCUCCCACCACAAGAAGACAUACCAAAUGGAACAGGGCAAAAGAUUCCAUUUCCAAAAUUAGGGAAAACAACGUUUGACUAUUUAGUUGAUGAAACAGAGCGUAGUACUGUGUCUGACGGGAGCCCUGCAAGGAAGCUAGAUGUUCACAUUGCAGUUUCCCUACAACCUGAAGAAGAAGAAGAUGUCAUAAAAACUCCAAAAGUAAUGAAACACAGAGUUGAUCAAAAUAUCUUACCUACCAAAUCAGGGAACACAGUACUUGGAGAUCCAGGUGAUAAAAGGUCUGGAAGGAAGAAAAGUGGUCCCAUUGCCAAGAAACAUAGAAUGCUGCAAAGAGAUUUACUAACAACACCCACAGUAUCUCUUUUAUUUGACUCCGAAAGUCAGGAGAAGAUAUUAAAAUUUCCAAGAAGGAAAAAUCGUAGGGGUCCCAAAUGUGUAACCAUGAAGGCAAAGAAGCUUCUUUGUUCACAGGUGCUUAAUAUCACUGAGCAUGAUCAUCUCUACUGUAGAAAGGAACAGGACCACAACUUAAAAUCUAUAAUAAACGACAUGCAACAGAAUAAAAGCACAGCAAAUGCAUUUUUGUCUCCCAUGCCUGUUUCAACUGAUAACAAAAUAGAUAUUGAAAUGCAUAUCACAUCAAAAGCAGAGGCGGGUCAACCAAGAGUAAUACCAUACAGCUGUACUUCUGCAGAGCUAGGGAAAUCAGCAUGUGAUGGGGAAGUGUGGAAGGCCAACUCAACUGAUCCACAAAACAGAUCAAGCAACACAAUGAAAUUGAAUGUGCACCAUGAAAAGGAAGAGGAAAAUAUCCAAAAAAUAUUAUCGGAAUCAGUCCCACACUAUAAGCAACACUUCAGUUUCAAUGCCCAUCAUAUGAAAUAUCCUGGUUCUUACCAAUCAGAAUCUGAACUGAAUAAUUUAGAAGUCAGAAGCACUUGGAAUUUGUCUUGUGCAGAACAAAAAAUGAGGCCAGAAAAACACUUUAGAGGAACUAUUUUGAAGCCCAUCUCUAGACACGUGAUGAAUUUUCAAGUUGAAAGAGUGAAAAAAAGUCUUCAUACUCAAGAAGGAAUUAAAUGUAUGGGAGGAAGAAAGACUCCAUUUCCGAAAGCAAGGAAAUCAGAGACUGGUUCAAUACAAUGUGAUGUUCUCUGGGAUGGAAAUCCUAGGAGAAAAUGCGAUAGUUGUACUUUUGAGAAAAAGGCAAGGAAUCAAAAUGACUUCGUAAGAACAGUCUUAAAAUAUUCAGAUUUCCCCAGCUUUGAUUCAUGUGAACCUAAAAGCCAGAGCUACACAGAGUUUUCAGGCAAGAAAAGUAUAAUAAAUCCCAAGCAUGUAACUUUGAAGGCAAAGAAACAACCAGUUUCACAGUUGCUUAAUAUCACAGGAUGUUUUAUAGGAAGCCAUAGAAGGAUGAAGGGGUGCAAAUUUCAGUACAAGAUGAAAGUGAGGCAUUGGUUUGAAGGUGUGGGCGAGGCAUCACUCCUUGCUGCUGUGGGAACUAAGAUUCCACCACCCAAGUCAGUGACUGAUAAACAAUCCUUCGAAGCAACAGCAAGGGGCACUCUGUAUAACAAAACACUUCACAGAAAUCUGCAUGGUCGUAUUACAGAGGAAAAGGUAGAGUUACAGGAAAAUUCAGCCACAACUUUCCUGGAGCCUAUAGAUUUCUUUUCGCCAAUUUUAUCUGACUCUGAAAGCCAGAUAAGCACAGUACAAUUAUUAGAAGAGAAAAUCACAUUGAACCCCAGACGUUCAACUCUGAAGGAAAAGGAGCCAGCAGUUUCACAAUUACUUAAAAUCAGAGGGCGGUUUACCACAAAACGCAGGAAAAAACUUGGAUCCAGUUUAAAAACCAAAAUGCAACAGAUACGUCAAGGUAAAAAUGUGGCUGAUACAUUUCCAAAUACCAUGUACUUCACACCAGAUACCUCUGACAUUGAAAGACAAAAUAGAUUCAAAAUAGGGAUGGACAGAAUAUCAAGGUUUAGUCAUGUACAACCAACACAAAUGCAGUUGCCAGUUGAAGGGCUACUGAUUUCACAACCACUUAAUCCCACUGGUCAUGCUGCUUUAAGCAUUAAUGAACAACAGGAAAAGAAGAGAGACAGAAAGAGAGAGAGACAUACCCUAAACAAAGCAGGUGCUAGUUCUGCUUAUGCUUACACACCUAUGCAUCCUAAAAUCAUAAAACAUAAAGCUAAGGCAAAAACAGCAGAUGUGAAAAACACUGUGCAUACCAAACGGAUGAGACUGAAGGCAAAGAAGCCACCUGUCUCCCAGCUGUUUCAUACUAUAGGUUGUGGAACCAGAAGAAACAAAAAGGAACCGAGACAUGAAAUGAAGAAACAGAAGGAGUUCCAGCAAGAUAAAACCAUAGCAGAUUUAUUUCUGAACAUUGUUUGUGAUUCUGGAUCUCUUUCAUCUCAAAUUAAACAAUUUACAGAAGGAGAACGGGAGAAAGACAGGCCAAGUAAGCCGAUUUACCUUCUUCCACAGGUAGAGCUGGUGAAGUCACUAAACAAAAGAAAAAUGUCAUCUUCAGAGUCCACUGAUAUAAAGAGUACUAUAUCAAGAAAUAUCAAAAGAUUGAAACAGUGUAUUAGAGAGCAAAAAGAAAAGGGCCAAAUCGUUUUACUAGACAUUCUCCCACAAUGUAGAGAUCAGUUAGUGAUUAGCCAAGAAGUGAAGAAGGAGCUUGACCAUGUGAAAAUAGGAGUAGCUUUGAACAGAGAAGUCCACCGUGGUCUAGCUUCCCAGAAGAGGGAAAUCAGUUACACUGGGUUAGACAUCCCAAGAAUCAGAACACAUACAGAAUAUGAAUUCCUUGUUGCACGAAGAGCAAAGCACAAAGAUGCAGACGUAGUUGAACAUUCAGUUUCAGUUCCAGGGGGAAGAAGAGUAUCCAAGAAAACCAAUGUUUCAGUAAAUUCAAAAGGACAGAAUAUAUUUCUUAAAGAGUUGGAUGCUUCUCAACAGAUGACUCGCAAGGAGAAAGAAUUCCAGAAACAAGGAAGUAUUUCACGGACAAUUUGGGGAUCUUUUGUCUUCUCCAUUAUGGAACCUCCUCAUCUGAAAAACACAGGAAAGGUAGCUGAGGAAGAUACGUCCACUAACAAAAGGACUAUUUCACAUCUAUUGAGAAGAGAAGACAUAAAAGAAACUGAUAACUCACGAGCUUCAAAAGGACAGAAGUUUCUUUGCACCAAUCUGCAGGUCUGGCAAACUAUGUCUGCAGUGCAGAAAGAAGAGGGGAAACCAGAUGGCAUUCCUGUAAGUAUUAUGGAUUCUGUGUCGCAUCCAAAUAGAGAGCGUCUUCAGGUAACACAGGCAAUAAAUACAAAGAAAGAAGACAUAAGCACUCCUAUAAGUUUACAUGUAAAUCCAUGGAGAAAAGAGCAAUCAAAGUUAAUGAAUAUUCCAUUAAGAUUAAAUGGAUGGAAAAUGACUUUUUCUGAAAAACUGAGGGCGAAGCAAUUCCAUAGUUCUAACCAGAAUAAAGAAAAUAUUCUGGAAUCCGUUUCUUCUUGCAUAUUGGAUCAACUCUAUAAUGGAAAGCGAAAGAAAAAAGUCUCAGCAAAAGGAAUGAGUUCAAAAGUUUCGAGUUCAGUGGUAGACAAAGCAUUGAAUGAAGUAGAUACUCCAGUAGAUCAACCUUAUAUUAACUUGCAUAACAGAAGAAGAAAGGAACAUCAAAAAGAGAGUACAUGCGAGGUUCUCCAAACAUCAGUUUCUCAUUCCUCGAUGGAUGUACUUCAGAUUAAGUUGCCAUGUGUAAAAAAAACAUUGAAGGCUCCAACAUACCACAAUGCAAAUACAGAAGGGAUUGGCUUGCAUGUGGAGGGAAAUGAAGAGCAUCCAGAAUGUAUACAUCAUACUUCUCCAAAGUCUGCAUCUCACUCUUCGAGGGAUGUAUUUCAGAGUAAGACACCAUCUGAAAAGAAGGCAUCAGAAGAAGUAGUUAGCACUGUGGAUUACAUUCCAAGUACAGAAAAAAUUAGCUCACUCUUUACAGAAAAAGAGACCAAGGUGCAGACAGAUAAAUGUAAAUCAGCUAUAAAACUGUCAAGCUUGUGUACUUCCUUACCGUCUCUAUCACAUACUAAUGUGGAUUCGAGAAUAAAAGUAGGGCAAGAGAAGUCAGGAAUACCAAGGAGCUGCCUUCCACUGCUAAAGCACCAGGUAUCACCAAAUGUAAGGAAAACUUCAUUUGCAGAGUCCAUUAAUAGAGGUAGCUUAAGCAAUGUAAGAGAAUCAGAACAUUUGCCACAGGGAAAAAAGGAAGAUGGAAAAAAUGUAGGAUAUGUGAGAGACAUAAUGGGUGUCAAAUGUGUCGCUUUUAAAGGAAAGAAAACACCUUUUAAACACACACUGCAUGGAAAAGAACCACAGUGGAACAACAAAGAACAAGAGGAAACAAUGCAGAAAGAUAAAAGCGAUCUAGAGAUAGUUCAGAGCAAAUGCCAUGCUUCCAUUCCUCCUCCACCUCGUGUGGAAUGGGAUCCUGAGAUAGAACAGGUGCUCUUGCGAGGGAUUGCAAGAUUUUGUCUUCCAUCACUGCCGCUCCAGAAAUUAUCAGAUGCAAUGGGAAUAUGCGAGGAACCGGCUGAUGAUAUUUUAAGCAGUAUAAGAAAGGCAAAAUACGUGCCACAGAAAGAUAGAGGGGAAGUGGCCUUGGAAGCAAUCAGGCAUCCCAAAAGAAUAGUUUUGAAGGCAAAACAGAGUUCAGUUACACAGGAAUUACAGUUGGACAUCAAAGAAAAAGUGAAAGAGAUGGAGAAAGAUAAAGAUAAACAAGUUGGGAUUUGGAGCAAAUCUUGUGUUUCCAUCUCUAUUCCUCCUGACUCAGAAGUGGACACAAGAAUAGGAGAGGAAGAUGCCUUGCUAAUAGAAGCAAGAUCUUCUUUCCUACAAACAGAACUCCAGGAGUCCUCAGAUACAGGAAAAAAAGCAUAUAAACAGGCUAUUUAUGGUGAUACCUCAAACAGUGUAAAAGAAGCCAAGGAACAUGAUAUACUGCAGGAAGAAGAGGAGGGAGUAAAAAUGAUUAAAGUCAUACUUUGGAGGAAAAAGAAAUCAAUUUUACAGGAAAUCCAGCUGGACAUCAAAGAGCAAGAAGAGAAGAGACAAAAAAUUAAAAGUGAGCCAAAUGUCCUUGUGACCAAUACUAGCACUUGCGUACCUGCUCCUUCUCAUUUACAAGUGGAUACAAAAAUAAAAAAAGCAGACUAUGUAACUGAAGUAACAAGAUACUCUCUUCCAGCACUGUCACAGCAGAAAUCAUCAGAUGCAGUGAAAAAAGCAAAUGAAAAGUCCACUGAUGGUGAUCUCACAAGUGAUGUACAAGAAGCAAAAGAACAUACACCACAGAAAGAAGAGACUAAGGCAGAGAAAUCAGCCAAGAGAGACAUGAUGCACCCAAAAGGUGAAGAUGUAGAAAGAAAGAAAGCACUAGUACAGGACAUACCGUUGAAUCUUAAAGAGCCCGUGAAAGAGGAUCCAGAAAGCGAAGAGCAGGGGAAAGUGGAUGGAGGAGGUAAAUGUGAACAAGAAGUAGUUCUGCCCACAAGCUGGGCUUCUGAAUCUUCUCUAACUCACCAUGAAUUGAACACAGGAAUAGAAGGAGAAGAAGACAGGCAAGGGAUAACAAGAUCUGCUGUUUCAGAGCUCCAGCUACAGAAGUCAUCUGAUGCAGGGAAAAGAGUGUAUGCAGAGUCAGCUGGAGAUGACAUUUCUAAUGAUGUCAGUGUAGUACCAGAGUAUGAGCCACAGGAAGGAGAAGAUAGAAGAAAAAUAGUAAAUAUAAAAUACAUAAUGUAUCCCAAAGGCACAACUUCCAAGGCAAAGGUAUUACCACUUCCACAUGUACUCAACACCUCUGGGGGUUGUGACCGCCGAAUUACAGAAGUACAGACAAGCGUGAAAGAAAAAUCAAGAUACAUACAAGAAAGAAGUGAGCUAGAUAAGGUUCUGACAAGACCCUCUCCGCCUCAGUUUAAAUUAAACAAAGGUAUAGAAGGCAAGGAAGAGAAACGAGUAACAAGACCCUUUCUCCCACCCUCAUGGCAAAGGGAAUCAUCAAAUGCAGAGAAAUUGAAAUAUACAGUACUACCUUUGAAUGCUAUUUCAAACGAUUCGAAAAGAACAAAAUACAUGACACAGAGAGAAGAGGAUGAAAAGAAUACUUUUGAGAAAGACAUAAUGCAUUCCAAGUAUAUAGCUCUGAGGGCAAAGAAAUCACCCCUUUCCCUUAUACUCAAAACAAAGAAACUGCAAGUGAACAUCAAAGAACAAGUGAAAGUGGGACAAGAAGAUAACAAGGAAACCGUUGUGCUUCUGAGCAAAAUUCAUCCUUUUCUCACUUCCUCAACUCAUCUUAAGUGGGACACAAAAGAGGGGGAACACGAGCCAGAAGUAAUAAGAAAUGAUGCGCCAUAUCUUGAGCUCCAAGAAUCGUCGCCCCCAGGGCAAAUAGCAUCUACAGAGUCCCCUGGUAUCCAUGUGAAGAAGGGAGCACAAUGCCCACAACAGGCAGAAAGGGACAGAGUACAAACAGAAGCCAUGAAUGACUCAAUGCAGCCUCAGGGCUCAGAUUUUAAGACAAAGACAUCACCACCUCCUCAUGAAUUCAGUGUCACUGAGCACAGUGCUUCGAACGAGAGAGAGGACCCUCAGUGUAUAAAGGAGAAAGUAGAAGAGGAGCAGCAAAGAAUGGGAGAUCCCGACGUGGCUCUGACAAAAACUCCUCCUUCCACACCUUCUCCAUCUUACCACAGAUUCUCUCCUCCACAACUGCUGUGCCCCAAGUCAUGUGCAGGAAAAACCAGAUAUGCAGAUUCCAGUGAAAGCACUAGAUCAUGUAAUAUAGUAAUAAAAGCUUAUCAACAUGUGCCAAAAACAGACGUAAAGGACAGAGUAAAAAUAAAAGGUGGGAAAGGUAGAAGAUUCCCCCAAAUAAUUACCUUGACAGCAGAGACAACCCCAUUUCCACAUCUACCCAGUAGAAAGAGGCUACCUUUGAACAUUAAAGAGCAAGGAAAAGAAGUGCCAGAAGACAAAAGUGAACCAGAAGUGGUUCUGAAGGAAACCUAUGCCUCCUUACCUUCUCCAUCUUAUCCGAAAUGGGACACAAGGAUGAAUGAAAAGGAAGACACAUUAAGAAUAACACAAUCCUGUUUUCCACCACCAAAGAUUCAAGAUCCAUUCAGUUCAGGCAAAAAGCCAUAUAUUAAGUCAUUUGAUGUUUGUGGGUUAAAAGAGAAGGACAGACUCAAAACAGAUACUGAAAACAAAGUGGUCCCAACACCUAUGGCUAUGAGGGUAAAGGAAUUACCACUUUCAUCUGUACCUGAUACCAAAAAAUUGCAGUGGAAAUUUAAAAAGCGAGAGAGAAAGGUGCAGAAAGAUGAAAAGGACCUAGCUACACAUCUGGAGAACAUUUGUACUUCUUUACUUACUCUACCAUACCUUAAAUUUGGUUCAAGAGGAGGAGAGGGGUACAUGAUGAGAAUUACAAAACUGCCUCUCCCACACCUACCGUCCAGGGAAUCACAAGAUGCAGUGAAAACAGCAUAUGCAGAAACAACUGAUGGAGAACUUUCAGAUGCUGUAGAAAAAUGGAAAGAAGACGCAUUACAGAAAGAAGUGAGGGAUAGAGAGAAAAACAUGGAUAUGAAUAGUAGAGUGGAUCCCAAUGAUAGGUAUUUAAAAGCAAAGAAAUCGCCUCAUUUACUUAGAUACAAUCUAAGUGACCUUCGAUGGAAAACCAAAAAGCAAGAGGGAAUGGCUCAGGAAGGUCGGCUUGAGCCAGGUGCGGCGAAGCUGACUAAGACUUGUACUUGCCGAGCUUCUCUCCUUCACUUCAGCACAAAUACCAGAGAUGAGGAAAGGAGAAUGCCGACAUUCACGACACGCUCUUUUUCCUCAGGCAGCUCCCAGGAAUCAUCAGAUUCUAAGGACAGGGAAUGCACAGAGCCCAUUACCAGUGAUAUUUUGAUCAGUCCACGAAAAGGAGAGCAUCAUAUGCCCCAGAGAAAGGAAAAGGAUGGAGCAGAUAGAGUAAACCUCGGGUUUCCCAAACAUCAAGAAAAGAAGAUGCAGGAAAGCGAAGAUGAACCAGGUGUGGUUGUGUCCGGCUCUUCCUCUUCAUUAUCAUCUCUCCUUCACCUGCAGCUGGAUAAGGAAAUUCAGGUAGGUGAUGAAGUGCUGGGACCUGCAAGGUCUGUUGCGGAGAGAGAAUCAAAUACCAGGGAAGUAGUACAUACAGAAGCAAUCCAUGGUGACGGCAUUACAGACGGUCAAAACGAGAAACAACUUGUGCCUCGGGAAGAGGAGCAGGACAGAGAAAAAACAACAGAUAUGAGAAAUAGGACACAGAUCACAGAUAUAAGUUUGAAGUCCAGGAAAUCACCUCCUUCACUUACGCUCCACAGAACAGAAUUGCAUCUGAACAUUGGAGGGCAAGAACAAAAGAAACAUGAAUGUCCAGGUAAACCAGCCCGUACAGUGCUAAGAAAAAUUUAUGUUUCCAAACCUCCAGCUGAACUCACACUGGAUAAAGGUAUACAAGUAGAUGAAGGUAGGCUUAGAAUUCAAAGACCCUCUCUAAUUCCAAAAAUGCUUUCAGCAGUAUCAGAUAGAAAGAGGAGAGCAGAUAUAGGGGCAAUUUGUGCUGUGAGUGAAAGAGAAAACAAACACAUGUCACAGAAAGAAAAUAAGCGUGAAGUGAAAACAGUAGAUAUGAUGAUCAGGAUGCAUCACAAGGAGGCCCGGAUCUCGUCAAUUUCACACAUCUUUAACACAAAGGAAUUUGUGUUGAAUAUUAAAGAGCUAAAGGAAAAUGUGUACAAAGGUAAAGAUGAGCUACCUGUGGUUUUGACAAGGACCUUUUUUUCUGUUCCAUCAGCCCCUCCCCUUUCUCUAGACUCAGGGAGCAAAAUAGACAAAGAUGUGCCAGGAUUUGCAGGAUCCUCUCCUGCACAGCAAGAUGUCCAGGAAUCCUCAGGUAUCCAGAAAACAGGAAUUACAGAGGUAGUUGCUGGUGAUGGUGAAAUUGUUAAAAAAGCAGAACACUCCGUACCCCAGGAAGAGGCAGUGCAACAGUGGGCCUCAAACUUUCUGAUCAGUGUACGGCGAAGGAAUGAUCCUCCACGAGUCAAAUCCGAAGGAGAUUUGAGUCAGUUAGUUUUAAAUUCACAGCAUGAGGAUGUUUAUUUAACAGGAUUUGGUACAAGAAGUGGGAAAAGGCUGGAGUAUUUCUUUACAGGGCAAGAGGUUCAGCCAGAAAAAUACAAAACAGAAACUUUCACUACAUUUCUUUCCUACCCAACCAGGGAGCCCACUAAAAUUGGAAAUCUGAAGAAACAAACUGAAAUAGUGGAUAACUUAAACCAUAAAAUGAGUCCUAAGGUUUUAGUUUCACCACCAAGGAAAAUAUCCAAGGAAAUAUAUAUUACAUUUGGUGCCCCUGUAAGUGCAAAAGGAUUUUCUGUUUCAGAGCAAGUUGCCCACCAACAAAAAACUUUAUCAAAAGCAUCUCCAGGAUCUGCAGAUUCAUAUAAAUUGGAUAAGCCAGAGAAUGAUAUACACAAUAAUGAUAAAGGGAGCAAAAUGCUCUCUCCCAGAGUCUCAGCCGCACAGACAAAAGGAUUACUUGAGAAGACGAGAAUCACAGAGACAGAUGCCUCCCCAGGUAUAGAGGAACAAGAGAUUGUUGUGAAAAAGCAAGUGGUGCUACAGUCAGAGAGUGGACAUAAGACCUGGCUGGACUCCAGCUUUUCUCUUAAGUUCCCAUUUCAAAGUGGAAGGCAGAAGGCACCAUUGGAAACAGAUGUAUGCAAGGAAACUAUAGUGUACCCUAGAAUACAAAUACUACCAGGAAUACACGUGGAUAUUACAGUGUUUGAUACCAUAGGAGGGAAAAGAGAGCAGGGAUUGCCAGUUCCAGAACAAGAGGAAUGUAUUCUAGACUCACUCCAGGAGUCUCUUUCUUCCCACUGGACUUUUCCACUUCAGUCUGGAGACCUGGAGGGAAAAAAUAAGACGGACACAAGCACUACUGUAAAUCUGGAGCAAAAAACAUCAGAAGUGGAAGAAGGGGAAUUAAAAAUAGACAGAAACAUAGCUAUCCGCCUGGCAGUGGACAAAACAGAAACGCAUAAACACACCAUGGUCAAGCUGGAGGAGAACAAGAAAAGGGACACAAGCAAUACCGUAAACCUGAACAUUGCAUCUCUAAAGGCACAGAAAUCUCAAAUUAACACUCAGGUGAUAACUCAUAUAGCGAACAGCUGCCCAAAUAGGCAAAAACAUAAAAAGGAGCUAGAAGUCUCGGAUGCAAAACAAAAUAUUCAGCCACAGAAAUUGUUUCAAAAACAUGUUCUGGAUUCAUUUUAUGCCUAUAUUCCUCUUUCUCUCAAAGUUAAAGGCUGGAAAGGCAGAUUGACAGUAGCAGAUUUGAAAAGAGAAUUGAGCCCCAAAUAUUUAACCAUGAAAAUCCCAAAUCAUCCAAUUUCACAGAUUCUUAACAACACGGGACGUGGCACUCCAAGCAAGAGAAAGAAAUUAGAGUAUGACUUGAAGAAACCAAAGAAAAUAGUUUUGCAGAGUGAAGAUGCCUCGGGAAUAUUUAUCAGAAAUCUUUCUAUUUCCGCAAUGAGUUCAUCUCAGACAGAAGAAAUAGUAGACUCUGAAACAAAUCGAGGAAGAAAAAAGAUACUCUGUCUCUCUGAAUUCCAGCAGAAAUCACCAAACACUCAGGGGAACAGCUCGAGCACUGUAAAAGAAGGGGACCAGCAUUUUAUAAACACAGCUCCACAGGAUUCCCAGCCCUUUGUGGUGGAGGGGCAACGAAAGCAAAAACUCCCCAGUGUCAAAACAGAAGCAAAUCUCCGCAGCAAAACAAAAAAAAAGAUUUUCCUUCCACAAACAAAAGAAGAAAGGGUUGUUCCAGGGCAUGACAGUUCAAGGACCAUGAAAGAACCUGACUUGCUUAUGACUGAAGAUGAAGAAAAGGCACCCAAACCCAUUCUGACACCAACAGAGGGUCUACUCAUGUCUGACCAUCCGAAGGACAAUAGUGGCUUACCCCCUCAACAGGGCGGGCAGAGCAAACCCAUCCAGGACGCAACCACACAAAAGGUCCAGCAACAAAAAACUUUUCCAGGAAUUGGGCCUAUAGCAUCCCAAGUUAAAAGUAAUGAAAUAGAAGGAGUGGCACAUAGUAUAAGUACAGAAAGUUUACUUCCUCUUUUUGAAGCAAUUAAGAGUGUCUUUGAAUCCCAGAUAAAAAUCAUCCAUGACAAAAUUUGUGAAGAUAUACUGGAAAAGGUAAAAGCCCCAAAACCCGAUGAUUGGAAGUCACCGCCACAUGCAGGGAGCCCAGAAACAACAUCCACAAGGACACCUCCCAAAGUGCAGCCAAAGCCCAUUUUAAAACGUUUUACUCCCAAAGAAAACAAUAAGCUCAUUAAUCAUUUUGAGUCAAAAUCAUUUGAAAUAAAACUGAAUCUGAUACCAGAGAUGGCAAAACAAUCCUUCCAAAAGUUUAACUUUUAUCUAAAACAGUCUGUUUCAGAAGAUAACCGUUGGAAGCUAUAUCCAAGACAUAAAAAAAUAUGCUUUGUGUCUCUAGAAGGGAUUGAUAGUAUAGAACUUAACUUAAAACAGAAAUACACCAAGGAUUCACUGCCUGUCAGGGGUAUGAAGACAUUGAUUGUCAGUGUUUCCAGGGAUAGCAAAGAGAUCAUUACAAAGUUGAAGAGUAUUAGUAAGCUAGAAAGUAGAGCGUCUUCAGUGACUUCUGCUAAGCAGAUGCCAUUGCCUCAUAUUCUUCAGAACUACUCAGUAGAAGAAGAAGACAAACUGCGCAUACACUUUUCUAUGAAAACACUGGAGAUUCAAAUGAAAGCCUUUCCCAGAAUUGUAAGAGAAUCUUAUGCAAUGGCCAGGCCUCAGAAUAUAAGGAAACCUUUAUCUAAAUGUAUUCAUUCUGGUUUCAAAGUACCAAAACGAAAAAACAGAAUUUUGUUACUUUUUGAUGAAAAGUCUCUUCAUCAAAUAGAUCUUGAUUUACAAUACAAAUACCUUCGUUUUCUCCUGGGGCUUCCGGUCAGACAUAUAUUCCCCAAACCAGCUGCACUUCCCAAACAUACUCUUAAGUUAAACACGGUAGCAAUAUGUGAGAAUAUAGGUAACAGGGGAGAAAGUGAUGGUGGUCUCUGCAUUGAUAAAGAACUGUUAGAACAGCACAUCUCUUUCAAGAAGCAAAGUCCUCAUGAAAACUCAAAAUUGAGAAAAUUCCUGGAGCCACCCCUUGUGUGUGCUCCUGACCCCAAUCAACAAGGCACAGUGGCGAGAGAUACUACAGCUCUUUCAAAGUUAAAAUCUCACAGGACUCUGGAAAAAGAUAAACAAUGUCAUGUAUGGUUUCAAGAAACAGAUACAUCCAAAUCUUUUGAUUCGAAGACUCAGGAAAGCACUCCCAGUUUAGUUGAUUCCCGUUCAACUCAGAUUUCUGAUGAUUUUACCCAGAGUCAGACAAAUAUUGAGAGUCCAGCCAACUUGGAGGAAUGCUUAGCUCUUGAAGCACGUGAGAGUGAAGAAUGUAUGUUUUUAGGAGCCAACCCUUAUUUAAGUCAGGAAUCACGAAACAUUCUAUUUGAAUUACAGAAAGGCAUUCCUUUGGAAAAUCUGUACGAGAUGAAAAAAAGGAAAACUAAUUUGAAACCAUUGUACAGGGAAGAUUCGGGUUCCCAGCGUGUAAGAGUCUGUAGAAAACACUCCUCAGUCGUCACACCUUCCUGUGAAUCCCACAAAAGCAGGAAAUAUAGGUUGUCCUCUAAAAUGCCAUCUCCUGACUGGUUGUGCCAAGGUUCAUUAAAUGCUAUAGAAGUUCCGUCUAGAUCAUCUUCUGUUCCAUUCAGUGGAGAGAAGUCUUCAAGGACUACAAGGUGCAGAACCAACCAAUCUUUAGCUCCCUUAACAGAAUCAAAUAUCAAAUUACAUCUUGCAAAAGGCCAAGGCAAACCUCACAGGCAUAUGGAAAGCAAAGAAGGAAAGAAAGCCAAAAUUGAUUUAUUUAGAAAGAACAACAUUCAUUGGGACUGUGAUUACAGUUGUACACAGAAUAAAGAGAAACGCACGAGAAAGAAGAAAGUCCAUAAUUAUGAGUCAGAAAGACCAAAUUACUGCCCAAGCAAACCUAAGUUACCAUCAAAGCUUCCUCAAGAGGAUAUCAACUUUCAUUUCGAAAGAAGACAAACCCAGCCAUUUUUUUAUGCCUGUAUACCAGCAGACUCACUGGAGAUUGUGCCCCAAACCAUUCGCUGGACUAUUCCCCCAAGAACUUUACGGAAAACAAACUUCAGAGUUCCUCUGGUGGCAAAGCUUUCAAGUUCUUUCAAUAUAUGGACUUCACCCAAGAAGAUUUUGGAGUCCCUCCUGGAGUCCUUCAGUCCAGUUUGUCCAAAUUGAUAUUAGCACAUCUAGAGUCAUCUGAAGUGGAAAACUGGUUGCUAUUGUGUUAUUCUGUGAAAAAUAAAACCACAUAAAGUCAAAUGGUUUCCUCAUGAACUGU